UUUUGAUUUCCCCUAAAAAAGAGAGACUCAUUUUUUGUUUGCCUUGGCUGAUGGCUCGUCCUCCUCAGUCCUAACCCUGAUAGUCUUGAGAGAGUGCUACUAGCGAAAAAACAAGUCCCAAUUUCUUCAAAUGCUAAAGCUCUUGUUAUGGCGUCAUUCAACUCAUCAAACUCACAAACUAACUCGUUUCCUUAGCCAAUCCCUAUCUAAUGAUCCUUACGACCCUCCAUUCUCUCCUACGUCUAAACCCCAAAAACCCAAGAACAAAACCAAACACAAAACCCAAAACAAAGACCAGAAUUCCAAGCCCGAACCGAAAUUCCCUCUCAAGUCUGACCUCCCCUUUGACUUCAAAUACUCCUACUCAGAGACCAACCCAUCGUUGGAGCCAAUCGGAUUCAGAGAACCACCGAGGUUCUCUCCUUUUGGGCCAGGUCGGCUUGACCGGAAAUGGACUGGGACGUGUGCCCCGACCCAACAACAGGAAGUGGACCCGGAAAGAGUGGCGGAGGAGAGGAACCAGGUUCUUGGGGACCCACUUACGGAGGAGGAAGUAGCGGAGCUAGUGGAGAAGUAUCGGCACAGUGAUUGUUCUCGCCAAAUCAAUCUGGGGGUGGGAGGAGUUACUCACAACAUGUUGGAUGACAUCCACAACCAUUGGAAAAGGGCUGAAGCUGUGAGGAUCAAGUGCUUGGGUGUGCCAACCCUUGAUAUGGAUAAUGUUUGCUUCCACCUUGAGGAAAAAUCUGGGGGGAAGGUUAUCUAUCGGCACAUUAACAUCCUUCUGUUAUACCGAGGUCGAAACUAUGAUCCAAAGAAUCGGCCAGUUGUUCCUCUUAUGCUGUGGAAACCAUAUGCCCCUAUAUAUCCAAAGCUUGUGAAGAAUGUUGCUGAUGGAUUAACAUUUGAAGAAACAAAGGAAAUGAGAAACAGAGGACUGAAUUCUCCCUCGCUAAUGAAACUUUCCAGGAAUGGUGUGUAUGCGAAUGUCGUGGAGAGAGUAAGGGAGGCCUUUGAGACAGUCGAGGUGGUGAGACUAGACUGUACCCAUGUUGGUACCAGUGAUUGCAAAAAAAUAGGUGUGAAAUUAAGGGAUCUGGUACCAUGUGUCCCUAUUUUGUUCAAGGAUGAGCAGAUAAUACUUUGGAGUGGGAAGAGAGAUGAGGAACAGGAAUCUAACCUAUCAAAGGAAGUUACAAGUGUACAAAUGUUUGAGUGAGGCUCUAGAAUUUGCUAGACUUAUUUUUACAUCAGAUCUUGCAGACAAUUGUUUCAUCUUCUCAAGCAAACAGAGAUAGAAGAAUUGGUCCACAGAGUUGCUGCGAUAACGAUAUUGUUGGAUUGAUCAGAUCUGAAGGCCUCCUCAAUAUGUAGUAGGAUUCCCAUCUCCUUGGCUAGACAUGUUAGCACAACAGAAGUUGUCUAUCUGCUGCCAUUUAAAUUCAUGCCAUUACCAAUCUGUACAAAUUAAAAGCCAAUAGAUCUGAAAGGCUUGUAUCAUUUAUAUCACCUCUGCAACUCCUGACCCACCUAAAAUAAUUGAUAAGAAUUUCUUACAUUUUGCUUA